GAAAAUGCUAAAAGAAAUUGAUAGUAUAUUUCAAGGUGAUAAAAUUCGACCAAUCACUAAAGAUGAUUUUUAUAAUUUAAUUUACUGUGAAGCAAUUGUAAAAGAAGUGGCUCGCGUUUUUCCAGUAGUACACUCAUUUGAAAGAUGUAUCGAUAAACCUGAUGAAAUAGCAGGAUAUCAAUGGCCAGCUGACACAUCAUUUCUAAUUAAUGUUAAAGCUAUUCAUAAUAAUGAAGAUUAUUGGGAAGAAUCUAAUAAAUUUAACCCUGAUAGAUGGAUGAAUGAAAGUUUUGAACCAAAGAAGAAUUCUUAUAUCGUAUUUGGUGGAGGAUUAAGAUCAUGUCCAGGAAGAAAGCUGGCUAUAGUUAAAUUAGUUUGCCUGAUGGCUUUAUUAUUUAGGAAAUACGAAAUUGAUUUAGUAGAUAUGGAUUCUCCUAUUAAAACUAUAAGUGGCGAUGAUGCAGUUGCUUGUGUUGAAUUAUUAGUUAAAUUCAAACCAAGAAAUUGAUUAUCUU